GAAGGAAGAACUAAGAACCAUAACACUUGUCAAGAUAACCCCGAGCCCCCUAAUAGCAGAGCAGAGCAAGGCAAGGUUCCGUCCAAUAGAGUUGGAAACAGUAAUGCCGCGACUGAAGGCAGCAGCAGCCUUACUUGUAAGGCGGAGUAGAAGCUGUUAUUUCCAUUACAGAAACCUCUCUUCUCUUACAAGCAAUUCCUCAAUCGAUGAUGAUCCCGAUAAUCAAGUAUUAGUUGAAGGCAAAGCUUGUUCGAGAACAGCCAUUCUCAACAGACCCUCUGCCCUCAAUGCACUCAAUACUAGCAUGGGUGCGCGAUUGCUGAAAUUGUAUAGAUCUUGGGAGGAUAAUCCAGAUAUUGGUUUUGUGGUGAUGAAGGGCAGUGGCAGGGCAUUUUGUGCAGGUGGAGACAUUGUUUCUCUUUAUCACUUGAUAAACCAAGGCAAGUUGGAAGACUGUAAGGAAUUUUUCCGGACAGUAUAUAGUUUCAUAUAUGAACUAGGUACAUAUUUGAAGCCGCAUGUGGCUAUUUUGGAUGGCAUUACCAUGGGUGGUGGUGCUGGAGUUUCAAUCCCUGGUACAUUCCGAGUUGCAACUAAUAAAACUGCUUUUGCCACCCCUGAAACUCUUAUUGGAUUCCACCCUGAUGCUGGUGCAUCCUUCUUUCUCUCUCAUCUGCCUGGUCACCUAGGGGAAUACUUAGCUUUAAGUGGAGAAAAACUCAAUGGCGCAGAAAUGAUUGCUUGUGGCCUAGCUACACACUAUUCAUAUAGUGAAAGGCUUAAAUUAAUUGAACAACAGCUUGGGAAACUGUUCACAGAUGAUCCUUCUGUCAUUGAAGCAACUUUAGAAAAAUAUGGUGACCUUGUCCAUCCAGAUAAGAUGAGUGUAAUUCACAGGAUUGAAACUGUUGAUAAAUGUUUCAGCCAUGACACUGUUGAAGAAAUAUUUGAUGCUCUGGAAAGCGAGGCUUCUGGAACCAAUGAUGCAUUUUGCAAUUCCACUCUAAGAAGACUUAAAGAGGCAUCACCAUUGAGCUUGAAGGUUUCCUUAAGAUCUAUAAGAGAAGGUAGAUUUCAAACACUCGAUCAAUGCUUGGUUCGUGAAUAUCGAAUGUCCUUACAGGGAAUAUUCAAGCAGAUCUCCACUGAUUUUUGUGAGGGUGUUCGUGCACGAAUGGUGGACAAGGACUUAGCACCGAAGAGUUCAUCUGCUGAGCUGGUGGUGGAUUAACAACAGUCAUCUGCAUAGCAGCAUUUUCAGAUAGAUUGUUCUUCAUCUCUCUGUGCUCCUGACACAAGGCACACCAAUGCAGGCAACAGUGGACUGGGCAUGGGUCACAUGGUGAAUUCUGCAGAAGAGUUUCACAAUAAAGUCAGCAAAUAUCAAUCAGCAUUUAGCAUCAGAUUUGUCCAUGAGCCAGCAAAUAGGAUCAGAAUGGCCCAUCAAAUGCUAGACGAUAAUGUUGAUAACCGAUAUCAAAAUUUAAUUGCAGAAAUGCACUAAGGUCAUGUUUAGUAUAGCGUAAUCAAAACUAUAAUAUAAUCGUGAUUACAUUGCAUAUUUAAUUACGUUGUUUGGUAACACAAUAUAAUUUGACACAA